AAAGAGAGUCGUUAACCAGAUGAUCACUUUUUUCCAGUGACAAUUGAAGUUUACCUUUUCUAUUGUAAAUUUGUAAACGGUAAACAAAAUCAAAAGUAAAAAAAAUCGCAGAGAGUGGAGAAAAAGAAGAGUAAAAAAAAAAAUGACGCUGCUUGACUUUGUAAACCCUCGACACAUUUCUCCGGCAUUCUGUUCACACACACCAAAAAUAAAAGAAAAACGAAACUAGAAAUAUUUUUAUUUUUAAAAGUGAAAAAUGAACAAAACAUGAGGAAACGUCUAUUUACUCUCAAUAGAGGGAUGGUUUCUCAUCUCCACAAAGACCGACCCUUAAGCAGCUCAUUAACCCUUUCUUCUUCUUCUUCUUCUUCUUCGAUUUGAGAUCGUCUCCUCUCCUCUCCUAAUCUCUCACCAUUAACAAUCCCUCGAUUUAUCUUCCUAUAUAUCACCAAGCACCUAGUUUCUCCGUCUUCUUCAUCACCUCUUUUUCUUCCGAUUGCGAUUUUUUAUUUCUUUCGCCUUUUCUGGACCCGUUCCCGUCAAAUUCAGAGUAAAGAUUCCAUAUGAUUCGGAUUUGAAGAAGACCCAAAGGUGGAUAUAUAUUUUUCUUCUGGGUCGUCGUCGUCGUCGUUGUCGUCGUGUGUUUUGUUUCGGUCUACAUGCAGUAUUGGGGAUAGUACGUGACAUUAAUGGAAGGAGAGAUGAUGAUGAUGGGGAAGGUGAAGAGGGAGAAGGUGGUGGCAUGCAUGACUUGUUCUCUCUGCCACAACCUCCUCCGUGACGCCACCACUAUUUCCGAGUGCCUUCACACCUUUUGUAGAAAAUGCAUAUACGAGAAAAUCACAGAGGAUGAGAUAGAGUGCUGUCCGGUAUGCGAUAUUGACCUCGGGGGUACCCCUCUGGAUAAACUAAGGCCCGACCACAUUUUACAAGACCUGAGAGCUAAAAUAUUUCCUCUAAAACGGAAAAGAGACAAGGACACAUUAUUACCUGCAAGGAGGAAAGAGAGGUCUAUCUCGUCUUUGGUGGUAAACACACCUAGGGUGGUUUCAGCACAAACUGGUAAAAGAACAACAAAGUCUCUCAUGAGAAAAGAUGUAAGGGGUAGUGCUUCAUUCACUAAGAGAAGUGUGAAGAAGGAAGAAGAAUCUGGAGAUUGUCAUCAUACAGAGAGCGCUAGCUCCCCUGAAACACUUAAAAAUUUCACUCAGAAGAAAAGGCAAUUAAAGAAGUCGUCAAAUGCAGAGUCUAAUCAGUCCCUAUCUAAUCGAAGAAACAAGGAUGCUGCUGAGCCUUGGGAUUCCUUACAUCUUAUAAAUUUUCUUGUGGAUGUGGCAAACGGCACAAAGCCUUCUUCUAGUUCUCAAGCGUUGGACCCAAACUCUGAGCAUGGAAAUGAUGUUCAGGGGAACAAAACCAAAACGAAGGAUCAUAAACGAAAGUGUAAACUCGAGGAAGAGAUCAGCACUAAUGGUGAUCCUACGACAACAGAGACUGCUUCAGUUAAAAGAACACGUAGGACUCGUCGUAAAAGGUCAUCAUCCACUUUUGGUGAUCCAAGAACUCCACCACUACUACCAGAUGCAGAAUGUCUGAAACAGGAGAGGAGAAAUGGUCCGGUUUGGUUCUCACUUGUUGCUUCGAAUAAUCAGGAAGGAGAAACAUCACUGCCUCAGAUUCCAGCAAACUACUUGAGAAUAAGGGAUGGAAAUAUUCCAGUUUCUUUUAUCCAAAAGUAUCUCAUGAGGAAGCUUGAUCUCAAGAGUGAAACUGAGGUAGAGAUAAGAUGUAUGGGAGAGCCGGUGAUCCCAACGUUGCAGCUUCACAGCUUAGUGGAGCUAUGGUUGCAAACAAUAACUUCUAAACAUGAAAGAGUCACUGCAUCGAUAGGUUCCUCUGCAAAGGAGUUUGUAAUGGUGCUAGUUUAUGCUCGAAAGCUCCCUGAAUGCAACAACUGAAGAAGAACUGCUUUAAGACUCUUAUCUUCAAUGAAUCAUUUCUAGACCGAGAGGAUUAGGAAGUGAAGUGCGGGAACAGUCGAAUGUGUUGUGUAGUUUAGUAAUUAAGUUUUAUAUGAUUUUGUUCUUUAUAAAUUUAAAAUGAAUGAUUGGUGAGACAGACUUUGUUUGUCUAAGAAUAUUCAAAAUAGUUUUACAAAGGAGAUUGUGACCUUUUUGGACGUUUGAAUGUAUUGAUUAGAUAGGAGGAUAAUGUUUCUUGUCAUUUCUAUGAAUAUUUGUUUCAAUUA